AUGUUCGUGCCUACUCGUCGAGUAGGUGUCCAACUCGCCAAGUUCUUCCGGUUUUUUGACUCUACUUCUUCUUUCUUCAAUUCACGAGCUUCCGAUCGCAUUUCCCAAGCCAAUGGCAAUGGCAGUUUCCGAGCAACAACCAUCUUCCUCAGCCCUUCUAUAAACAAUUCAAAGCUCUCAAGAUCUUAUAAACUCACCCACCCACCCCACAUUUCCAUUUCUCUCUCGCCCCUAAAAUCAACUCAGAGCUCAAAUCCACCUCCGUCACCGCCACCGCCGUCCCUUCAAUCACUACAUGCGAUGGGUUUUGUGCCGGUGACCCUCAGAACCGCCGUCGUCUUCCUAUGCUUCUUCUCCGCCGUCGCCAAAUUCAAAACCUUAAACCGAACCUAUCCUUACUUCAACAAUUCCAUGACCACAGAAGCCAAAGCCGAGUUAAUAUUACAAAACCAUGCGGUGCUAAACCAAGAUGCUCUGCAGGUUACUCCGGACUCCGCCAAUCCGCUGGUAUUUGGACUUCAGAACCAGUCCGGUAGAGUGAUGUUCCAUCAACGGUUCAAGCUAUGGGACGGCGACGUUAACAGCAACUCCGCCGUCGCCUCCUUCAACACCUCCUUCCUCGUCAAUAUGUUCCCAAACAACGGCACACCCGGAGAAGGCUUAGCCUUCCUGAUCGCACCCACCAUCGACAUCCCGCAGAACAGCUACGGCCAAUAUCUCGGCCUCACCAACGCCACCACCGAUAACCAAACAAGCAACGGAAUCGUCGCCGUCGAGCUCGACACGGUCCAACAAAAUUUCGACAUCGAUAAGAACCACAAGUACAAUGGCGACGAGAAGAUCAUCCGGAUUUACAUCGCCAAGCAAGAAGGAAAGGAUGAUCCGACUCCGCCCAUGCCGGAAAACCCCAUCAUUGAACGAAAACUAGAUCUCCGGACAACAGUUAACCAGCACUCCUACUUUGGUUUCGCCGCUUCCACCGGAACCCUAAUCCAGCUAAACUGCGUUCGUCGAUGGAACUUAACAGUGACCUACAUACCUGAACCGAAGGGCCCAUUGAUGACAAUCUUUUACUCAGCGUUGGGAUUCCGGUGGUGGUGGGGUUGGUGGCGUUGGCGGCGUAUAUCGGUUACUAUCUAUACAAGAAAAGGUUGGUAG